AUGUCCGGCUUCUACGACUCCAAAAGGCGCAACGUGAACGCCCUGCCGGCAUCGCGCAAGACCAUCGGAACGCGGUUCUUGCUCUACACGCGGAGAAAUCCUACGGUGCCGGACACGUUCCUGUGGAACUCGGAACCCGACAGCCUCCGAGACACACACUUCGACCCCGAGCGGCUGACCAAGUUCUACAUCCACGGAUUCAUGCAAGUUGGAAAGUUCCCGGAUUACCCCAUUGUCAGGAUGAAUGACGAGCUCCUCAAGGUCGGCGACUUCAACGUGUUUGCGGUGGACUGGUCCAAGGCGAGUCUGUAUGACUACAUCCAGGCGAGUGCGAACACCCGAAUCGUGGGCCUGGAAGUGGCCAGCCUGAUCGAGAAACUGCGACUAGCCUUCGGCGUCGCACCAGAGUCGAUGCACGUCUACGGUCACAGCCUGGGUUCCCACAUUGGGGGCUACGCCGGCGAGAAACUUCAGGGCAGGCUGGGACGGAUCACAGGCCUGGACCCUGCCGAACCAUUCUUCCAAGGAAUGCCGACCCACGUCCGUCUCGACGAAGGAGACGCCCUCUACGUGGACGCCGUACACACGGAUGGCUCUCGUUUCGCGAUGUCCUUCGAAGGGCUCGGAAUGAUCGACCCCGUGGGAAAGGUGGACAUCUACCCGAACGGCGGAGCUCGGCAGCCGGGGUGCGAUUCGGACAUUCGCACCAUAUCCUUCAAGCACGGCGCCUGGCAAGGUAUCCGCGAGACAGUCGCCUGCAAGCACGAACGAGCGAUCCAGCUCAUGACGGCGUCGCUGGAACUCGAAACGAAUCCCGACCCCGACCUGUGUCGGUUGGUGGGCUUCGCCUGUCCGAGCUUCGAAGAGUUCCUCAGGGGCAGUUGCUCGGAGUGUGGGGAGGACGGUAGUCAGUGCGCCGUCCUGGGCACAGCCACAGUGCCCAGUGGAAAUCCGGCCAAGUUUUACCUCAAGACAACUGACACCGCCCCGUACUGCCUGUACCAUUACAACAUCAGAGUCAUCCUGGCAACUCUGGCAAGGACGAUGAAUGGACGCAUUUUCCUGGACGUUAAGGGCGAGGAAGGGCACGCGACUCUCAACCUUAGUCUGAGUGAAGAGGAGUACAAGUCCGACGACCAGAUGACCUACCUGACCACCACGAGAGAGAAGAUCGGGUCGCCAGUGGCGUGCUCUCUGAGCUUUACGAGCAGUUCUUCUCACUCCCAGACCCUGUCUGUGCUCCGAGUCGAAGUGUUCCUGAUGAACGUCCUGAAGAACGUGAGAUCCAAGAAAGCAGCAACUGUUUCGUUUUGCCCCAAUUCGACUGAACAGGAGCCGGUUGGCCGAACGAUACCGUUGUCGUUGUGUAAGCCUACCGAUGACGUCAAAUGGAUGAGAUAAGAAAACUUUAACGACAUUAAAAGAGUCGGCCGUCAUCCGGGACAUUUUCGACCCCUUCUACCUAACCAUACUCCCUUAAAAUUACUAUAUGGGUGUGAGGUCUUCGUCGAAGAAACGGUUAGCUUUCCAUAUAGGUCGCAUAUUCAAGUUAGGAACGUUGCGAACGUUUUCUCAGCCUGGGGAUCGACCGGUUCGCAAAUCUUCAAACAAUAAUUCAAAAGUCCAUGAUGCACCAUUGGCGUUCCUCACCAUUUUAAAUAAAAAUUUAAUUUUUUUAUUUCGUUUUUUGCCUGAUUUUUUGAA